AGAAUUAUGUUUUCGUUUUAUUAUGAUUUCUGACUGGGUGAUGUUUGACAAAUGAAAUGUUUUACGGAAUUUUACAUCAUUUAUUUGAUUUUUUUUUUGUUGCGAAUUUAAUGCAUGUAGUUUUCAAUUAAUGAAAAUUUUAUGACUGAGCGGUAUUUAAAUUAACGCUAUAGGUACUUGCAACUUUCACAGUUAAAUAAUUUCAUAUCUGUAAAUUUUGCAUUAAAAGAUAUACCUAUGUUUAUAGUAUUGUUCCAUUAUCUUUAAAAUAAGAAAUAUAUAUGUUGAAUUUGAAUUUUAACGUCGACCUUCAGUGAACAUAUUUGUAAAAAAAAAAAGCACAAUAAUGACUUGUUCCAACUUUAAACAUGAUGUCAGCUUCUGUUAGCAGUUAUUAACAUUCGUUUGGUUCCAGAACAAGAACAGUGAUUUAUCAGGAAAGUUAGAAAUUAUAAUCCAUUUCAUCACUGUGUUUGUUAUUCAGAUUAAAAUCUACAAUAUGCCUGCCUCUUCUGUAAAACAGUUAUAUGUUGCAAAAUGUAUGAAAGAUCUUGAUUCUCAAUCUAAAAUUGAAAAUACUUUUAAAGGAAAAAAUACAAACAUCUUAGUAAUUUCAGCUGAAAAGGUUUUUAAAGCUGCAGAAGCUUCUUACAUUGAUAAAGAUGAAGAAAAGGCUUAUGUUCAAUAUACAAGAUUUAUUGAAUUGGUUCUUCUUUUACGAAAACGCAAGGAUUUUGCAAAUCAUCCUGAUUGUAAAUUGCUCUCUAGAAAUGCACAAACUGCUAUUGCAAGAGCAGAAGAUUUAAAAGCAAGCCUUUUAAAAAGGUAUUCCAUUCUUCAAGAAGCAAAUUGUUUAGCUGAAAAUGAAAAGAAUGAAAUGAUUAAUUCCCUUCAAAACAACAAACCUGAUGUAGUUGUGUCAUCUGAGCAAGUUACUCCUGAAGUUGAGUUACCAAAAACUGAAGAUGUCCCUGAGCUCUCAAUUUCAAGCUCAAAACUUUUUUCGCUCUUAACAAACCAGCAGUUCAAUAUCAUUCUUAUGGAUACAAGACCUCCAAAAGACUUUGAGGAAUCUCAUAUUAAACACAGCCAGUGCAUCAACAUACCACAGCAUUUACUUGAGCCUGGCACUACAGCAAUGAAACUUGAAGGCGUUCUUCCACCAGCAUCACUUGGAAAAUGGUAUAUGCGAAGUGAAGCUGAUUAUGUCAUUUUAAUUGAUUGGGACUCCAAAGAUGAAUCUUCUUACUCUUUACAUCUAGAAGUAUUAAAACAAGCAAUGUCUAAGUGGGACCAGAGAUGCUCAUUAAAAAAACCACCAGUAAUUUUACAAGGUGGAUACAAAGACUGGAUGUUAAAAUAUCCGAUGUAUACAACACAAGCUUUAAGUUUUAGUUCAGUGAAUGAUUUCAAAACUUCUUCUGUAAUUGCUGAUGUUUCUGGUGUGGAAUAUCCAAAUCUUGAUGAACCUGAUAAAACUUCUGCAAAUAAAGAAAACCUGAAUGGUCCAGGUAUGCUCUUCAGAAAAUCAAAUGUUCCACCUCCUGUGCCUAGUUCUGUUUCUCCAGUCCCUUCAAAUGUUAGAAACAGCAAAUCUGCUCCUGUAAUUGACAGAAAAUCUAAACCCACAAUUGAUAGAAGUGCUAAAACUUCUGCUGGUGAAAGAAAAAAUAUGCAAACCUCUACUUCAAAUCAAAGCUUGAAAGAUGAGAGAACCACAUCUGGCAUUCCUGUUUUGUCUAGAAAUAAUUCAGAAAAAGCAGACUCCAGCAACAAGGAUAAGAAAGAGUUGAUGAGUUCUUUGAAUUUAGAAUCAUCAUUGGCUAAAGAAAAUCUGGAAUUUGCUAAACAGCAACUUGCUAAAGAACAAGAACUUGAAAACUUGCGAUUGCAGAAAGAGUUAGCAGCAGAAGAAAAUAUUCGACAAGAGAUACAAAAACGAGAAGAGCAGUUAAUCGACACUUUAAAGAAAUUAGAAAUUGAAAGUCGAAAUAGAGAUCAGGAUUAUUUGAAAAUGAAAGAAGAAAAUAUUACAUUAAAAAAGUUGUUAGGUGAAAAGAGUAUCAAAAAGGAAGAGGAUAAAGAAGUUCAGAAGCAAAAAGAGGAGAUACUUGAGGCAGAAAAGCAAAAGAAAGCCAUGCAGGAAUAUGUGGAGAAAUUACGGGAACAAAGGAAGAAGCAGGAGAUAAUGAACAAAAGAAAAACGGAGCUUGCAAAAACAGAUGUGAUGCCUAGAGAAGUUGUUUCAGCAAACACAGGUUUAAAAAGAAAUUUGCAAGAUCAAAAUUCUCAAAAUUCUGAAUAUACAGUUCCUCUUUCAAGGCAGUCAUCAACAGAUAGCUCGGGCCGUGGCUUAGUAAGAUCUCAUUCAUCUCCAAACAUAGCUCAAAUGGUGAAUCAAGAAGAAAGUUCCCAACGAAAAGUUCCAGUUGUAGACCGAUCUUUGAAACCUAAAGCCAUAAUUCCUAGUCAUCAAGUUAUUGAAAUAAACAGAGCUAGGUUGCGAAAUUUGAACCCAGUUUAUGGCAAUUGUCCUGUUCGACCUGCUACUGGCUUGAGAAAUUUGGGAAAUACUUGUUUCAUGAACUCAAUAAUACAGUGUUUAUCAAAUACCAUUCCACUUGCUGAGUAUUUUACUUCUGGGCAGUACAUGGAAGAUAUAAAUCGAGAUAGCAAAAGUGGAACAGGUGGAGAAGUUGCAGAGGAGUUUGCUGUGGUCAUUAAAUCAUUGUGGAUGGGGCAGUAUAAAUCAUUUUCCCCAAAAGACUUUAAAAAUACUGUGAGCAGAUGCCUUGCUGUCUGUAUUGGCAAUGAACAGCAGGAUUCACAUGAAUUUUUUGUUGUCCUAAUGGAAAAAUUGCAUGCUGAUUUAAAUAAGAGAAUCUCUAGAUCUGUGCCUAAGCUUGAGUCUUGUGCAGAUGAAAAUACAUUUUGGAUUCAUCACAAAAGUCUUAAUAGUUCUAGAAUAUCCGAUCUGUUUGAAGGCUUGUUGAAAUCCACUCUCCAGUGUAUGACAUGUCGAACAACUUCAGACAGCUUUGAAGUGUUCUCUUGCCUCUCUCUUCCUAUUUUGUCCAGCAAGUGCUCUCUGUCGACUUGUUUUGAACAUUUUUUAAAAUCUGAGAAGAUAUCUGGAGAAGCUGCAUGGGAUUGUCCAAAGUGCAAAACCAAAAAGGAGGCAGAGAAACGUUUGCGUAUUUGUCGAGUGCCUGAAAUAUUAGUUAUUCAAUUGAAAAGGUUUUCAUAUGAAGGACUAUGGAGAAGAAAACUUCAGACUGCAGUCCAUUUUGACUUUCAAUUUGAUGUGCCUUAUGAAAAAAACACUGAAGUAUAUAAUCGAAGAUACAAUCUUUAUGGAAUAGUUAACCAUUUUGGAACAUUAGAAGGAGGCCAUUAUACUGCUUAUUGCAAUACAGCUUCCAAUAUAUGGUUUAAAUAUGAUGAUCAUGAAGUUUCAGAAAUAAAUUCAAAUAUUAUCAGGACGCCUGCUGCCUACAUCUUGUUUUAUAGAUCAAGUGAACCUCACUCCAAUUUAUAAAAGUUAGCACCAAGAAUAUUUUUGGCAGAAGAAACAAAUGAAUGUUCAUCAUAACUUGUAUGAAAAAUGAUCCAUUUAAUUUUACAUCUUAUUAUACUUCAGUAUGUUUGAAAAGUUGAAUUGUUUAGACAAGAAGUGUAUGUGUUUUCAUUCAAGUAACAUAAACAUGGGAUUGUGUUAAUGUGGAGAGAAAUUGCGAUCUAAUGUUUUUGCCUCUGCACUGCAGUGUUUAGUGCUGAGUGUAAUAAUGCAUUCCGCUGCUUCUUUUAUAGUUAAUGUGAUCAUUGUCAAUAAUGCGUUAGCUUUACACUACCAAAUUUUAAUGUGCAACAUUAAUAAAAAUGAGUAAAUUGCACCAAGUUCUAGGGUAAUUAUAGAUUUUAAAUUUUUAUUAUUGACUGUAUUGGCAGAUUAAUAAAGAAAUUGCAGAGAAAUAAUUAAAUUUGAUAAAUAAUUUUUAUUUGCUGCAGAAUAAUUAUUUAUAUAAAAAAUGUCUCCUAAGCAUUCUCAUUAUUUAAUUGAUAACAUUAUAUGCUUGUUUUAAUAGUACAUUUUAACUUUUAUAAUUGUUGGGAAAAUAAAUAAUCUUUCUAAUAAUAUAUAUAAUUGUUAUUAUGAUCAAAAUGCUAUAAUUUGGAUUCUAAAUUUCUAAUAUAAAAUGUCAUGAAAGUAGAGUUUUUAUUUUUAGGAAUUUUUUCUUUAUAUCAUCUGAGAUAAUUGCUUGAGAGGGGGCUUGUGUUUGUAUCAUCUGAGAGGGAGCUUGUAUUUAAAUUGUUUUCAAAGAUGUUAAAUGAAACAAACAUACAAAAAAUAACUAGGACUUUUAAAGGAAUGGAAAAGUUACAGAAUAACAACUGAAACAUUAUAACCGUGAGCAUUGAUAUUCUGCCCUGUGAUGUAUUAAUAAAUGCAUUUUUUAUUGGUAUUGAUUCAUUUAGUAUUAAAUUAAAGAAAAAGAUUAUUGAUUUGAUGUAUCUAAAUUGUUAUAAAAAUGUAAACAGGCUGUUGCUAACUUUUAAUAAAUUUUAAUUAGGAACUAAAUUUGUCCAUAUAUUUUUCCUAAAGCCCCUUGCUCUUAUUUAAAUAUUUAUCUGAAUGCAAUGAAACAAUUUUUUUUUUUAAAUGUAUUUUUUUUUUUUUUUUUGCUUAGAAUAAAUGUAAAUAUUAGGAUAUAAUCAUCAUUUGUAUUUAUUAAAGGUAUUUAAUAUUCUAUAUUAAUUUAAUAAAUUUUAUCAUUCAUUUUACUUUUUUUUUUAAUUCUGUGCUCAUGGAAGCUUUUCUACGAUGGAGAAAUUUUUAAAAUCUUGUUUUGGCCAUUUUUUUUUUAUUUUUUUUUAACUGCUGAUGAGCUAUUGUAGGAAACUGCAGUGAGGAACUACAGAGUUCUCCUUGAAGUUUUCUUCUGCUGUGAAGAGGCAUAUGGCGUUUCCUAGAAAACUCUGAAAAAGGGAGUUUAAAUAUUAUGCUCAAAAUUAGGAAUUCAAUCUUAUAUACUGAACAAAUUUGGAAGUGUUUUAGUACUGAAUAUAUGAGCCAACCCUAAUGUUAAUUGGUAAACAACUAAGUUUUUUUUUUCUGAAAAUGUUUUUUUCAUAUGUGAUAAAAUUCAAAUGAUAUGGAAAUUUUAAUAUAGGCAUGAAACUUCAUUAAAUAAUUUAAUAUGAUAAUACUACAUAUAUGCAGACAGGCAAUAACCUUUCAUUAUUAUAUUAUAUAUCUCUUGUUUUAUUUUAUUUCAUAUCUCUAAAUACCAUAAUUGUAUCAAAGCAAAUAUUAUGUCAGCAAUCAUUCUUUGGUUGAAAAAUCGCUUGUUUAUGUCCUAAAGCUUCACAUAUACUUAGAUGUGCAAUAUGCUACAAAUGCAUAAAUUACGCUCAAAAGCCUAAUCAUGCUGAUUAUUAUGAUUGAUAUAAUUAUGUAUUUUACAUCACAGAAUUUGAAAAUACUACAAUAAUAUUUAAUAUUUGUAAAUUUUAUGUAUAUAAUACAUGAAUUACUUUAUUUCUGUAAAAAAAUUGUAGAUAUAAUAUUACAGAGUGUAUUUUAUGGAAACAUUUACAUAAGCAGAAUGAUUGUAUAAUUGUUUACUUGAUAUUUUAUGUAAUAUUUAUUUAUAUAUUUCUUUUAUUUUGUCUGUACUUAUUUUUCAUUUUGUAACACAUGUAUA